AUGGCUCCCGUCCUUGACCCCCCGCAGACCAUUGACUGGAUGGGCAAAAAGGUGCCCGUGUGGUCCAUGCAGACCAUCAACUACGGGCUCCUGCUCUCCCAGGACCCCGGCGAGAUCGACAAGGUGGUCAACGCCUGCUUGGAGGAGGGAUACUUUUACCUCGACCUCCAGGGCAUCGACGGCCGCCGAAUGCUCGCCGACCACCAGGAGACGCUCAAGCUGAUGAAGCGCUUCUUCGCCGCGCCCCUCGAGGCCAAGAACGAGUUUGGCCUCAUCUCCUCGCAUCUGGGCUACGAGCCCGUGGGCAGCCGCACCGGCGUCGGAGCCGGCACCAAGGACGGCUACGAGAUGCUCAAGGUGUCGCGGGACGAGAUCCAGCGCGACAGCCCCAAGAUCCCGGCGCCCGUCAAGAACAGCGGCGACCUGCAGAUCCUCGAAAAUGCCAUUGGCAGCUGCAACACCGUCACCAAGGUGAUUCUGUCGGCGCUGUCGACCGGCCUGCACCUCACCGGUGCCGGGCGCUUCGAGAACUCGCACCGCAACGAGCGGCCCUCGACCACGACUCUGUCCAUGAUGCACUACCUCCCCUCCGAACUCGCCGGCGAGAACCGCAUCGGGCACCAGAAGCACACCGACAUCAGCACCCUCACCCUCCUCUUCAGCGAGCAGUGGGGUCUGCAGAUUCGCCCUCCCGGUGCCUGCGGCGCGCGAGAGAUGGGCUUCGUGGCGCCCAAGCCCGGCUGCGCCUUUGUCCACGUGGGCGACUCGCUGCGCUUUGCGAGCGGCAUGAAGUUCCAGAGCUGCAUCCACCGCGUCGUGCCCUUCGAUCCCACCGAGCACCGAUACUCGAUUGCCUAUUUCCUGCGCGCCGAGGACGAUACCAUGUUUGUCGACUCGGAGGGCCGCGCCAUCACCGCGGGGCAGUGGCACGACGAGAAGUUCAAGGCCUUUACCGACCCGGAGCUGUGGCAGGCCAUGGCGCCCAAGUCGAUGAUUUUGGGGGGCAUGAAGGAGGACGGGGAGGAUGAGCCCGUUGCUGCGAUGGUGGCAGACGCGAGAGCCCAGGCUGCCGUGUCGGCUAAAGCUUAG